AUGGAAUCCAAUUAUAUCCGUUUCACAGCGCUGUCAGGCGCAAAGUCGGAAUCAGCUCUUUGCUACCUUCUCGAGAUUGAUGAGGCAAAGAUCUUGUUGGACUGCGGCUGGAACGAUGCAUUCGACGUCGAGGAUCUCAAACAGCUCAGACGGAUAGCGAAGGAUGUUGAUGCCUGUCUACUCUCACACUCGACGCUCCACCAUCUCGGUGCACUAGCGUAUGCGAAAUCGAAUCUGGGACUUCGAGCACAGACAUACGCGACCUUUCCAGUCAUGGACAUGGGUCGUCUAUCGUUAUAUGACAUUUGGCAAUCCAAACGGGCAACCGAGGACUUUACGACAUUCAAUCUCGAGGAUAUUGACCAGGCAUUUGAGGCGAUUACCUGUUUGAGAUACCAGCAACCCACGGAACUCUCGGGAAAGUGCAAGGGAAUCACAAUCACGGCCUCUUCAGCAGGACAUACCGUCGGAGGAACUGUCUGGAAGAUCUCGAAGGAUACAGAAUCGAUUCUGUAUGCUGUCGAUUAUAAUCACCGAAAGGAUAAACAUUUGGAUGCGACAGUGCUGUUGCAAGCGGACGGAAACGCACCACAAGAGUUCCAGCGGCCAUCGCUUAUGAUCACGGACGCGUUCAAUGCGGAACAAUACCUGCAGCCAUCUCGUCUUUCUCGCGAUAGAGCACUCUUGGAAUCAACAAUAGCAACACUCAACGAUGGCGGCUCGGUCUUACUGCCGACGGACUCUUCGACACGCGUCCUAGAACUAGCCUACAUGCUCGACUCUUACUGGAUGGCGAACCGAGUCCGGUAUCCAUUGAUUCUCCUCACCAACUUUUCUUACCGGACAGCUCACUUUGCGACCUCGAUGAUGGAGUGGAUGGGAGACACCGUUCGAUCCCAACUCACGGAUACACGCGAGAACCCUUUCCAGUUCAAGUACCUGAGACUAUGUCAGCGACUGAGUGAUCUUGAAAAGUAUCCUGGACCGAAAGUCGUCCUGGCUUCGAACCUUUCUAUGGAAACCGGAUUCGCAAGGGAGGUCUUUUUGAGAACGGAAUGGUCCCAGAACACGAAGAACACAUUGAUCCUCACGGAGCGUGCCUUUCCAGGAGAGUUGGCCCGGUACCUGUAUGAGGAAUGGAAGGAAGGCGUCGGGGAGCUGGCGAGCAAGGAGGUUGGGAAUGAAGUUCAGUUGGAUAACGUGCUACGGCUAAAGGUGGACCGGAAGGUCUUGCUCGAGGGCCAGGAAUUAGUGGACUUCUUGGCGGCUCAGGAGGCGAAGUUGGAGCGCGAGCGUGCGGAUGCGGCGUUGUUGGAGCGAAAUCGCAGGACGCUACUGGAGGAGGAAGACGACAGUGACGAGGAUGAGGAUUCGAUAAAUGGGGAUCUCGGCCAUCUGGUAGACAUGGAGUGGCAGCUCUCAAAAUCGGGAGGGCAUGAUAUUUAUAUGAAGGACGCGACCAAGUCUGGGGGGUUCUUUAAGCAGACACAGAGUUAUCGGAUGUUCCCUUUUGUGGAGCGGAGGAAGAAGAUUGACGAUUAUGGUGAGAGUAUUGUGGUAGAACACUUCUUGAGUGCCUCCUCAGGUGCGCCCCAGGACGGACGUGAGGGUCGUAGUAGUGGACCUAAUGGAGAGAUGGAUGCGAAUGGUGAUGUUAGGAUGCGAAGCGACGAUGACGACGAGAUGGCAGUCGUAGGGGGGAGAGAGGAAGGCGCCGAUGGGAAGGACAGGUGGAUGGAUCCGGAUAUGAUUCAUCCGGAGGACAGUUUGCCGUCAAAGUACGCGACCUCGGAGGAAGAGGUGGUUAUAAGGUGCAAGGUACGAUAUGUGGAUCUCGAGGGUCGUGCGGACGAGAGUGCUAUGAAGGUCAUCCUACAAGCGAUCGCACCGAGAAAGCUGAUUCUUAUCCAUGGAGCAGAAAAUAAGACAGAAUCCCUGCGUAACACAUACUUGGAGUUGCCAGAUCUGACACGCGAGAUCUAUGCGCCCUCGGUCGGUGAGAUUCUCAACGUGUCGGAGGUGACGAACAUGUACAAGAUCAAUCUCACGGACGCCCUUCUGAGCUCGCUCUCGUUCUCGACCUUGGGAGAAUAUGAUCUUGCCUACUUGGUUGGUCAAGUUCAGAUCCCUCCUGGAUCCGUAGCCCCAGUGUUGGGCAUGCCCACGGUCGAGACCGAAGGAGGUGCUAAGAAGCUGACGGCAGGAGGAGAGGUCGAUGGUGACGUGGCGGACCCACAGAAGGCUCAGCAGCAACAACAGCAGGACCAGAACGGAGCGCUCGUUCCGUCCUCUGCAGCGCAGCUUCAAUUUCAACCUCAGCAGAAGCAGCAACAGCAACUGGAGCUGCUUGCACGCGAGCACAGACCUGUGUUUGUGGGGGAUAUCAAGUUGACAGAGUUCAAGAACCGGGUGUUGAAACAGGCAGGGAUUGAGGCCGAGUUCAUGGGCGAGGGAGUGCUCGUCUGCAAUGGUGUGGUCGCGAUCCGUAAGGUUGACCAGACGGGACAGAUUCUGUUGGAGGGCUCGCCAAUGACGAAUGAUUAUUAUCAAGUACGGCAAUUGCUGUAUAAGCAAUUUGCUAUUUUGUAA